AUGGCGCAAGCCGCCAAGCAGCUCCGCAAGACCAAGGACCUCGCCGAGGCCGCCGCCCAGGAGCAGCGGGAGAAGGAGGAGGACAAGAUCAAAAAGAGGAAUCGAUCCAGGGAUCGCAGGCGCAAGGCUGAUGCAUCCACCAGUUUUCUGCGCGCCGCUCGUUCAGGCAACCUGGACAAAGCUCUGGAUCACAUCAAGAAUGGCAUCAAUAUCAAUAUAGCUAAUCAGAACGGUCUCAACGGGUUACAUCUAGCCUCUAAAGAAGGUCACGUAAAAAUGGUCCUGGAGCUCCUCCAUUCAGGCAUCGAACUAGAAGCCACAACCAAGAAAGGCAACACUGCUCUGCAUAUCGCGGCACUGGCAGGCCAGGAGAAAGUGGUGGCUGAGCUUGUCAAUUAUGGAGCCAACGUUAAUGCCCAGUCACAUAAAGGGUUCAGUCCUCUCUAUAUGGCAGCACAGGAAAAUCACCUCGAGGUGGUCAAGUUCCUGCUGGAGAACGGCGCCAAUCAGAGUCUCCCCACUGAGGACGGCUUCACCCCUCUGGCAGUGGCCCUGCAGCAGGGCCAUGAAAAUGUCGUAGCACUGCUCAUCAACUAUGGCACCAAAGGCAAGGUCCGCCUCCCCGCACUGCACAUCGCCGCCCGAAAUGACGACACACGCACCGCCGCUGUACUCCUGCAGAAUGACCCCAAUCCUGAUGUUCUCAGCAAGACCGGUUUCACCCCUCUACAUAUCGCAGCCCACUAUGAGAAUAUGAGCGUAGCCCAGCUGCUGCUAAACAGAGGAGCCAACGUAAACUUCAUCCCGAAGAACGGCAUCACACCACUUCACAUCGCCUCCAGGAGGGGCAAUAUGAUGAUGGUCCGACUCCUGCUGGACAGAGGGGCCCAGAUCGAUGCCAAAACCAAGGAUGAAUUGACCCCCCUUCACUGUGCAGCUCGAAACGGACACGUUCGCAUCAUUGAGAUCUUGCUAGAACAUGGUGCUCCCCUCCAAGCUAAGACCAAGAAUGGUCUGUCCCCCAUCCACAUGGCAGCUCAGGGGGAUCACAUGGACUGCGUGAGACAGCUUCUCCAAUACAACGCAGAAAUCGAUGACAUCACACUGGACCAUUUAACGCCUCUUCAUGUAGCGGCCCACUGUGGUCACCAUCGCAUGGCCAAAGUUCUUCUGGACAAGGGAGCCAAAGCUAACGCUAGAGCUCUGAAUGGCUUCACACCGCUCCAUAUUGCAUGCAAGAAGAACCACAUGCGGUCAAUGGACUUGCUCCUCAAACACUCUGCUUCCUUAGAAGCCGUCACAGAGUCUGGCCUCACUCCUCUCCAUGUAGCAGCUUUCAUGGGUCACCUGAACAUAGUGAAGAACCUGCUCCAGAGAGGGGCUUCACCGAAUGCUUCCAAUGUGAAAGUGGAGACCCCCCUCCAUAUGGCCUCCAGAGCAGGACACUGUGAAGUUGCCCAGUUUCUCCUGCAGAACUCAGCACAAGUGGAUGCCAAGGCGAAGGACGACCAAACCCCCUUGCACUGUGCGGCCCGUAUGGGACACAAGGAGCUGGUCAAGCUGCUUCUUGAACACAAAGCCAACCCGGACUCGUCUACCACGGCGGGGCACACCCCCUUGCACAUCGCGGCGCGGGAAGGACACAUUCAUACCAUUCGGAUCUUGUUAGAUGCUGGAGCGCAGCAGAUUAAAAUGACUAAGAAAGGCUUCACCCCCCUCCACGUGGCCUCUAAAUACGGAAAAGUGGACGUAGCAGAGCUCCUUCUCGAAAGAGGCGCCAAUCCCAAUGCGGCCGGCAAAAACGGUCUGACACCCCUUCAUGUGGCGGUUCACCACAACAACCUGGAUGUUGUAAAACUUCUCGUCAGCAAGGGAGGAUCAUCCCACAGCACUGCCCGAAACGGUUACACGCCUCUCCAUAUAGCGGCCAAGCAGAACCAGAUGGAGGUGGCUAGUUGCCUGCUGCAGAACGGGGCGUCGCCCAAUGCCGAAUCCCUGCAAGGCAUCACGCCGCUACACUUGGCCUCACAGGAGGGACGACCUGACAUUGUGGCACUACUCAUUUCCAAGCAAGCCAAUGUCAAUCUAGGAAACAAGAAUGGAUUGAGCUCUCUCCAUCUGGUGGCUCAAGAGGGUCAUGUGGGCAUCGCCGACACACUGGUCAAGCAGGGAGCGUCCGUUUAUGCCGCUACACGGAUGGGCUACACGCCCCUUCACGUGGCCUGUCACUAUGGUAACAUCAAAAUGGUCAAGUUCCUACUGCAGCAGCAGGCACACGUGAAUAGCAAAACACGGAUGGGCUACACUCCUUUGCACCAAGCAGCUCAGCAGGGUCACACUGAUAUCGUCACGUUGCUGUUAAAAAACGGAGCUCAGCCUAACGAGAUUACAUCGAACGGGACGUCUCCACUGGGCAUCGCAAAGCGUCUCGGUUACAUCUCGGUCAUCGACGUGCUUAAACUGGUGACCGAGGAAUCCGUCUCCGCGAUCACAGCCGAAAAGCAUCGGAUGAGUUUUCCCGAGACGGUGGAUGAGAUUUUGGAUGUCUCGGAGGAUGAAGGGGUCGCCCAGCUAACGUUAGGCGACGAGUUGCUCGGAAUGGACGGCGCACGCUAUUUGAAGCUUGAUGACUUUAAAGAUCAGGACGAUGACUUCCUAUCCCCAAAGAAGACGCUUCGAGAUUUCGAAGGUGGUGUGGGGACCACGCCCUACUCUCCCGCCAUUCCCAGGAUUCCUUGCGUGUCGCCCGAAACAGUUCUCCUUGAUCAACACACCCCCAUACCGCUCCCAAAGGAGUAUGACGAAGACUCUCUCAUCCCGAGCAGUCCGGCUACAGAAACUUCAGACAACGUCAGCCCGGUGGCCAGCCCCAUUCACACCGGCUUUCUAGUGAGCUUCAUGGUAGACGCCCGUGGAGGUUCCAUGCGAGGCAGCAGACAUCACGGCCUGCGAGUGAUCAUCCCUCCUCGGACCUGCGCCGCGCCGACCCGCAUCACAUGUCGCUUGGUUAAACCUCAGAAGUUGACCACCCCCCCUCCCCUGGUGGAGGGCGAGGGGCUCGCCAGCCGGAUCAUCUCGCUGGGUCCAUCCAGUAUGCAGUUCCUUGGGCCAGUUAUAGUGGAGAUCCCACACUUUGCCUCACUGGCUCGAGGGGACCGUGAGCUCGUGGUCCUCCGCAGUGAAAACGGCUCGGUCUGGAAAGAGCACCGAAAUCGCUAUGGCGACGAAGUGCUGGAAACAAUUCUGAACGGCAUGGAUGAAGACCUGGAAAGUCAAGAGGAGCUGGAAAAGAAGCGGAUUCGUCGAAUCAUCUCCACCGACUUCCCCCUCUACUUUGCCGUGGUGUCCCGCGUUCAGCAAGAGAGCGAUCUGAUUGGUCCAGAGGGCGGGCGGCUGACCAGUAAGCUGGUGCCGCAUGUUGACGCCAUCUUUCCCGAGACGGCUGUCACCAAAAGAGUGAGACUGGGACUGCAGGCCCAACCCAUCCCUGACGAAUUGCUGACUCGGCACCUCGGCAACCAGGCGACCUUCAGCCCCGUGGUCACCAUCGAACCACGCAGGCGCAAGUUCCACCGUCCGAUCGGGCUGCGUAUUCCUCUUCCUCCAUCCUGGCGAGAGAGCCCUCGUGAUGCCGGCGAGGGCGACACCACCAGCUUGCGCCUCCUCUGCAGUGUCAUUGGUGGGACGGCACCUGCUCAGUGGGAGGACAUCACCGGGACAACCAAGCUGAUGUACGCUAACAGCUGUGCCAACUUUACAACCAAUGUCUCUGCAAGAUUUUGGUUAGCAGAUUGUCCCCGCACCGCAGAGGCCGUGACCUUCGCUAACCUUUUGUAUCGGGAACUGAUGUCCGUGCCUUAUAUGGCAAAGUUUGUUAUCUUUGCAAAGAUGAACGAGGCUCGCGAAGGACGCCUGCGUUGUUACUGCAUGACCGAUGACAAGAUGGACAAGACGUUGGAGUUGCAUGAAAACUUCACCGAAGUGGCACGGAGUCGAGACAUUGAGCUGAUGGAGGGCAUGCCGCUGCAUCUGGAAUGUUCCGGCAACCUGGUGCCUAUCAGGAAAGCCACACAGCAGCCUCGCACCUUCAGCUUCCAGGCCUUCAGAGAUAACCGGCUGCCUGUUUCUGUCAAGGUCCGAGACAGCAACAAGGACGCCACGGGGUUUUUGUCCUUCCUGAGAAAGUGCACCAAAUAUGAGGAUGCGCAGCAUGUCUUAUGCAACCUCAACAUAGCAAUGCCGCCCUGUAUCAAGGUGGCUGGAAGUGAAGAACGCAGGCGGACUUUAACACCUCUCGCCCUGAGGGAACGCUACGGUGCUCUGAACGAGCCCGGUUUGGCCGCAGUAAAUGCAAUGGAGAGGACUGAGGUGAAGAUCAACCUCAUAUCAGAGCAACUUGGUUUAAGUUGGGCAGAGUUGGCACGAGAGCUUCAGUUUGGCGUCGAUGACAUCAAUAGGAUCCGCGUGGAGAAUCCCAACUCUUUGCUGGACCAGAGCUCCGCCUUGCUCAACCUCUGGGCCGCGAGAGAGGGCAAGAGGGCAAAAAUGGAGAGCCUGUACAUUGCUUUGAAGAACAUCGACCGUGCAGACAUCGUGAGCUCCCUGGAGGGUCAGCCCUCACAACUACUACCGGGCUCUUUGGAGGAAGGCGCUUGCCGACUGGGCGAUCGCGACUCCACCUUGCUCUCCCCCAGCGUUCUCAAUGGUUAUGGGCUGGUUCAGGAGGAGCUGCUGUCUCCGGCCUCCAUGCAAUACAGUUUGCCUUCUCCUCUCGGUGCAGAGCCCUACUGGCAGGAUGUGUCCAGUCUGCAGUGCGCCCCCAUCGCCGCCACAGAAGAAGACACCUUGAUGGAGAUGUCGGACGUCCAGGUGUGGCCGGCGGGGGUCAGCCCCUCGUUGGUUACGGUGGAGGACUCGUCAGUGGACGGCAGCAGUCGAGCGGACGACUCGGAAGGCGCCACGCUUUCCCUUCCCUGCAGUUUGGGUCGGCCCAGCAGCGGAGCGAGCGGGGCGAGCGGCUCCCUUAUGGAGCUGGAGGAGGAAGAGGAGGAGGAAGAGGAGGAAGGGGAGGUUGAGGAGGAGGAGGAGGCGCCACUGGAGCCCAUGAGCGCGCUGGCGGAAAGGGACCGGGUCAGAGCCAGUGGCGCCGUUCCCAAGGUCAACUUGAAUGGCCAGCUGGGUGGUCAGAGGUCGGACGGGAGGAGAGGGGAGGCUCCCGUGGCGGGAGGAGGAGCCAAAAGAGGCGGGGCGGGGCUUAGUUCAGCGGAAGGCAUUUGUGUUCUUUCAGGCCUGCAGAUGUACGGCCAUCCCGAGAUGUCCCCGUUGAGUCGAGCGGGCGAGCACAAUGGAGACAACCGGUUGGUCGGGGGCGGAGCUUUUCAACCCUACUUACCCGACAAGGAUUCCCUGCAGAGCUGGGUGGGCUCGGUAUCAUCGGGCCGGGACAACAACACUCCGGGCCAGGAGGCUCUGCUGACUCCGAGAGAGGACAAAGAGGACUAUGCUGCUGACGAACAUGGGAGGGUGCUUCAUCGGAAGGUGGGGGCGGAUGUGAGAAGGGCCGCACAGUCGGUGCAGCGCACCAGUCUUCGGAGGGUUAAAUACUGAAACACACACACAACCUGGUCCACGAGGACAAGAGAGCCACUGCCAAAGCUUCCUCCACAAAACCACAUUCGGAGCGCAAAGGAAAGUGAGCGACGGCACACAGACUACCAAAACAAGGAGUUACCUAACCCCCUCCACAUGUGAAACACUUCCAGAGGAAAAACAAAAAGUGUUGAAGAGAUCAACUUGUAGUUUUAUAACAUUUGUAAAGUAUCACUUCAACUAAAGCAUGAGCGUUUGUUUUUUCUACAAAACAACCCCCCCCCCUCUUUAAAAAAAAACAAACAAAAAAAAACAGCAAAUGUCACUGAACUAAGACGACAAAAAGUGCUUCCUGUGAACUGUAACUGCAUGAUGACCGCUGGUGCAUGACUUUGACCUUUUGAACUCUCAUUAUCCACAAGCUGAAGAGGGAAGGCCCACACUUGGGUCAUGUGACCUUUUAAUGACUCAAUUGCAAAUCCGCAGCCCCAAAACAGGAGUACCCUCCCCCCCACAACGACGGCCUCCGCCACUGCAUCUUUCCAUGGACCUUUUUUUUUUUUGUUCUGUGCGCUUGUGGUAAAUAUGCACUCUGCUAUGUGGACGUGUGUCGCCGUACGUAUGUGUGGGGUGUCUUCUCUGCCGCAUGCCUUUCUCGCUGAGCCCUGGCCCCUGAUUGGCUCAAACGCCCUGUGAUGUCAGCACUUGGAAAGAGAGCUUGCUUUUCAGUGUCCUGUCCUUGUGUGUGCUAAAUUGUUGUUGUUGUUAUUUUUGCCCCCACAAAAAAAAAUUCCCAGUGUUACUAGCUGAUAUAUUUUUCUUUUGAAGGGGGUUGAUUACUUUCCAUAACGCAGAGUCAUCUGUGUAGCUGACAUCAUCUUUCCCAAAACAGUAGCCGCACUUGAUAUGCAGAAUACGCUUCCUCACCUCUUUCCCCAUCACCUUGGCUGCAGGAUGUGUCCAAAAAAAAAAAUGGAGGACAGUACAGUAUUGUGCUAUUAUGACGUGUGAUUGUGCAGGCAGCACUGUGAUUGUCAUCAUGCUCCCCGUCCCCAGACUCGUGAUGUUGUCGUCACAAAGUAAAGCACACGCAAUGGAAAUGAUUACGGACAGGUCAGGGUGUCGGAUCGUGUGAACUCGCCGCAGCAAUAAAAUCCAAAACAAGCGUGAUGAGCGCCGCUAUAGGAAGUUCUGCAUAUGUUUUUUUUUGUCAUCGCCUCUUUGAUAACACGAAAAAGAAAAAAAAACGCGGGCUGACUCGACCUUGACGUGAGUGAGUGAGUCAGCGAGAAAACGCUGACACGGAAUUAGUUCAGGGGGAUAUCAGUGUGGGAUUGCAGACGCCUGAGAGAUUUACAUCUGUAUUUGACAGCAUUUAGCAUAUCAAGCAGUGUUAUGUUGCAGUAGCCAAUACAAUGAUUAAAUAUCAUUUGUUAAGUUUUCUCUGAGUUUAAGUAUGUGAGUUUAGAGCAGGGGUGGGGAACCUUUCUACUGAUGAAAUAUUAAGGAAUACUGGGAUUAAAAUUGAAUAUGUGUCAUACUUUUUUUUUUUUUUGCCUGUGCCAUCCAAUAUGAGCCAAUGUUUUAUAAUUAUGGCGGAAAGCAGCUUUAAUUUGUUUUUAGGAUUGACUAAUGGGCUGGAUCAAAUUCUCUUGUGGCCCGCUUGUGGCUGGUGAGUUCUCCACCCCUUCCCUAAACAAAUCUUGGUAAACUACUUUCCUCUGAAUUAUUAUUUUUUAUCAACGCAGUAACCUGAUGUUGUCAUAUCAUGGUAGCACACGCGCACUGACACUCACUACACAAAAUAUGUAUCCCAUAAGUACUGUAAGUGCUACUGUAGCCUGACUGACUGACUGAAUGAGCACACAUUUCACUUUUCUUUUUUUAUUUUUUUUAACAUGGCCAGUGCAUGCACUAUAUUUGCCACAUAUCACGUUUUCACACUGGUAACAUGCCACUCAGGUUUUCAUUUCUGAAAUUAGAAAGUGUUUUUAUUUUUUGUGCAGGGCCCUACUGAUUGAGUGCGAAUUGUUUUUGGGUGAGAGACUAUUUUGUCUGUUUAGCUUUUCGGGGGUCAGGGGUAUAGGUGAAAUAUGAUGCUUUGCGUGUGAAAGAACAAGCAUGUCACUUGAAAAGAUAGCGUAACGCCCAAUGAUGUAAUUUAAAGAGUAUUGUAACAUUUAAAGCGUGGAGAAGAAGAAUAGAUCUCACCUAUACUCCUUUAGAAUGAAUACAUGACAAUGUAAACGCAAUAUCAUAUUACUCUAUCCUAAGGAAUGCAACUGCACCCAUGCACAAAAAAAAGAUGUUUUUACGAAAAUAUGUGUAUAAAAAAAUAUAUAUGACAAAAUAUAUUUCAUUAGAAUGCUAUGCACCCUCAUAGAGUUGUUAUGGAUGUUCUUUCAGCAUUAUCUAGUUAGCCCAAGCCCACCAUGGGGAAUGUAGAGGCUAUGUAGCUUUGAACACUUUUUUUGGGGUUUUCUAUCGGUCCAGAAGAAGAAGAAAAAACAACAACAAAAUGUAUACAAGACUUUUAAUCAGAACUAUUCUGACGUAAAAAUAUGUAAAGAUCAUCUUACCCUGUACACCAGCUCAAACCAUUUACAAGACUUAAUAAACAAAGAUGUGACA